AUGAACCCAACAUCACGAUCACGAUGUCAGCUGGUUUGUUGAAGGCGUUGGCCAGCGAACCUGGGAGUCGCACACAGGCCCUGUUUCAGACGGUCACAUCCGCAGAACGAGCCUGCAGCUGUCAUGUCCUCUUUGGGCGGGUUUGUGGCGCCGGUGAGAGACGUCUCUCGCAUUCAAUGCGUGCAAAGGUUCUUCCGUUCUUGGUGCCUCUUCAUACUCUGUCGGCCCUCGGCACAGGUUGCCGGCCGCUCUCCCGAACCUCAACAGGCUUGCACCCAGGAUGAGGAUGAGGAGAGCUUUUCCGCAACGCACCAGCGAACACAGGAGGGAGUACUCCGUAUUUCCCUUUCGUUUCUUUUUCUCUGCGUGCUUCCUUCUGCGAGUCAAGAGCAAACCGCCACCCAGGUACCAGCAGUGGGGGACGGACUCCCCGUAUUGGGAUGGCCUCUCCGUUCUGGGCGUGAAUGUUGUUUCCACGAUUCUCACCUUUUUACCGUGGCGGCCCCUGCCAAGCCUCGACAGACUUUGCCUGUUCCUGCAGAGUGCUCCCCGCACAGCUCCCGGGCUCCUUGUCCGAUCCAGGGCGAAUCACGCAUGGUCUCUGCUGGCGGCGUUGAUCUCCCUUUCUGCACUGGGCUCAGCGCUGCCGGGCGCUCUUGUUGGACGGACGGUCUAUCAGAGGGGCCACGACGGAGCAAAUGGCAACAGAAGCGAUCCUCAGCCCGCCUAUCAGCUUCUACCAACAAGCGGGUGGCUCAUGAGAAAGGCGAAACCACGGCGGCCCCAAAGGCCACUGAACUUCGCGAAGGGGCGCCACGGAAAAUACUCAGGAGAGUCCAGACGGAGCCCGGCUGGAGGCGUCCGACCGUCGACGAGUCAACUCCCCCUAGCGCUUACAAGGUAUUCAAUGGCGUUUAGCGCCUGGUACAAUUGGCCGUUUCCGGUAAGCGAGUAUCCUAGAAGCGAAAUUGACUGGCGGCGAAGCAUCGUUUCCAAGAAUAUCAUUCACUCCUGUCCCAAAACGGCAAGGCGCCCAAGGCUCUCCAAAACGUGCUCCGCCCUCCGCGCCCGGUGGUGAUGGUCCACCCAGUGCAUGCACAUGGCGCGAGAGAAAGCAGGGCUGGCCAUACUCCGUACUGGGGGGCCUGCUGCCCGCGUGGGUCUGCGUGGGUUCUUUACCAGCCUGUCGCCUCUUCUGCUUCUACCUUCCUUUUGCCUUCCCUUCCUUCUUCAGGCUCUCCAGGAACAAAGUCACUCUUUUCAACAGUGUGUGAACUCACACGUUCUCUCAUUUUCCAUUCACUCUUUGACUGGUUCGGCCCCCGGAAACAACGGCGCCGUUCACCGUGUUCCGGCGUCUACUCCGUUUCCGUCCUCUGGAUCCCCGUUUUUGCCUGUAUUCGAAACCCCCUCCCC